AUGAGCGAAAAGGCGUCGAAUACCACCCCGACAACCCCAGCACUGCCUGACAGCGAGCUCUCGCAGUCGAACAUCUCCUCGGUUCCCACCCUCGCAGAAGGCCCCGACCCCGAUUCCAUCGAGAAGCAAACAGUGACAAAGGCGCCGUUGACGGACCCGGCGGGCCACAUCAAUCACGACCCUGAGCUUGUCAAAUGGGACGGAGACGAUGACCCUGAGCUGCCGCUCAACUGGCCAUCUUCUAAGAAAUGGCGAAAUGUUGUCAUGGUCUCAGCGCUGACCUUUGUCACUCCGUUCGCAUCGUCCAUGUUUGCCCCGGCAAUCAACCAAGUAAUGCAAGAGAUGGGCACCACGAGUCGCGACGUUGGCUCGUUCGGCGUGUCCAUCUACCUGCUCGGCUAUGCAUUCGGGCCUCUCGUGCUCGGGCCAUGCAGUGAACUUUACGGGCGCCUGAUUGUCUAUCACGUCUGCGCUGUGCUGUUUAUCCUCUGCAAUGUCUCUUGCGCGCUCUCCAUCAGCAUGCCCAUGCUCAUCAUCUUCCGUUUCUUGACCGGUCUCGUGGGCGCUGCCCCAUUGACGAUAGGCCCUGGUACAGUUUCGGAUUGCUUCCGACAGGAGGAGCGCGGGCGUGCCAUGGCUGUGUGGACAAUGCCCGUGUUGCUCGGGCCUUGCCUCGGGCCAGCGGUUGGAGCCUACGUGUCUCGUGCCCUGGGAUGGAGGUGGAACUUCUGGCUUCUCAUCAUCAUGUCUGGUAUAGUUUCCGUCUUCUGCCUCUUCUUCCAACGAGAGACGCAUCCUCCAACGCUGCUAAAGCACAAAGCCGCCAAGCUGAGGAAAUCGACGGGUAACCCUAACAUCCGCCACGUCGGCCACACCGCUACAUCCCGGAGACAAGUUUUCACAGCAAGCAUUGUCCGGCCCGUCAAGAUGCUCUUCCUCUCGCCCGUGAUAUUUGGGCUAUCUCUAUUGACCGCUGUCGCCUACGGAACCCUCUACCUUUUCUUCACCACGGUAACCGACCUCUUUGAAUCACGCUACGGUAUUGUCACCAACGUGGGCCUCAUAUACCUUGGCUGUGGCUGCGGUCAGUUUGCCGGACUCUUCGUUCUGGGGCUUGUUUCCGACGCAAUCGUCAAGCGAGCAGCCAAAGGCGGAGAAAUGAAGCCGGAAUACCGUCUUCCACCCAUGAUCCCUGGCGGAGCCAUGAUCCCCAUCGGCUUGCUCAUAUAUGGCUGGACCGCCGAGUACAAGGUCUUCUGGUUCGUGCCUGUCAUUGGCACCUUCUUCAUAGGCUUUGGCAUGAUUUCGGUCUUCACUCCCGUCGGGACGUACCUGAUCGAUGCGUUCCCGGUGUACGCCGCCAGCGCCACGGCUGCCAAUACAGUUUUCCGCAGUGUCGGCGGCGCGCUUCUUCCACUUGCUGGACCCCGAAUGUACAGUAGCCUUGGUCAAGGCUGGGGAAACACUCUUCUGGCAGCCAUCUCCUUGGUUAUGAUGGGCAUGAUUGUCAUGUCCUUAAAGUAUGGAGAACGAUUGAGGACAAAUCCAAGGUACCAGAUAUCCUAA